AUGACGCCUGUUAAAAUUGUUCCCGUGGCAGGAAACCAGGCCUCUCAGCCUCCACCUGUUCCAUGGUCCAGUGGAGGACUGCAAAUCCUAUCAGGGGAGGGCGACCCGACUAAGCCUGCCUCCCUGGCUUCAGUCCAUCACAUGUGCACUCGGGCUGCAGAGCACCCAGCCAGCUGCAGCCCCGCGAUCAUGUUAUCAGAUGACGGAUGGCUUCAUAUCAGAAAGAGGACUUUCUCUCUCUCUUUCCCUCUCUCUCUCUUCCCAUCUGGGGCAUCCCUGAAGGACGAGGUUUUGAAGAUUAUGCCUGUGCAAAAGCAGACCUGUGCUGGCCAGCAGACCAGGCUCAAGGCAUUUGUCACCAUUGGGGAUUAUAAGGGACAUGUUGGUUUGGGUGUUAAGUGCUCCAAGGAGGUAACCUCUGCCAUCCGGGGGGCCAUCAUCCUGGCCAAGCUCUCCAUCCCCAUGUGGCAAGGCUACAAGGGGAAUAAGAUCGGUAAAUCCCACACCAUCCCUUGCAAGGUGACUGGCUGCUGCAGUCCCAUGCUGGUGCGCCUCAUCCCUGCCCCCAGGGGCAGUGGCAUCGUCUCAGCCCCGGGGCUCAAGAGGCUGCUGCUGAUGGCCAAUACUGAUGACUGCUACACUUCUGCCAGGGGCUGCACUGCCACCCUGGGCAGCUUCACCAAGGCCACCUCUGAUGCCGUCUCCAAGACCUACAGCCAUCUCACCCCUGAUCUCUGGAAAGGGACAGUAUUCACCAAGUCCCAGUAUCAGGCAUUCACUGACCAUCUCAUAAAGGCCCACACCAGAGUUUCCGUGCAGAGGACCCAGCUGGGCUCCAGCCCGGGCCACGGAAUAGUUUUAUAUGCUAAAAAUAAAGGCACUCGUCACUGUGAAGCAAUGAUUCGCAGUGACACAGAACAACCUGACAAAAUGUGA